AUGGCUUUAUUCCUGAUGGUGAUGUUUCUGGCCACUGUGCUACUUCCAUGUUUACCUACUGAAGGAAAGGAUCCAGCUUUUACUGCUUUGUUAACCACCCAACCAGCAGUCCAAAAGGAGAUUGUAAACAAACACAAUGAACUAAGGAAAGGAGUCUCUCCGUCUGCCAGCAACAUGUUGAAAAUGGAAUGGAGCAGAGAUGCAACAACAAAUGCUCAAAAGUGGGCAAACAAGUGCACUUUAGAACACAGUAAUCCAGAGGACCGCAAGACCAGUACAAAAUGUGGUGAGAAUCUUUAUAUGUCAAGUGACCCUACUUCCUGGUCAAAUGCAAUCCAAAACUGGUAUGAUGAGAGUCGAGAUUUUGUCUAUGGUAUAGGGUCAAAAAGUCCUAAUGCAGCUGUUGGCCAUUAUACUCAGGUUGUCUGGUAUUCAUCAUUCCGUGUUGGAUGUGGAAUCGCCUUCUGUCCCAACCAAGAAAUGUUAAAAUACUUUUAUGUUUGCCACUAUUGUCCUGCUGGCAAUAAUGUCAAACUAAAGACUACCCCUUACAAAGAAGGAGCACCCUGUGUCAGCUGCCCUGAAAACUGUGAAAAUGGACUGUGCACCAACAGCUGCGAGUAUGAAGACCUCCUUAGUAACUGUGCAGAUUUGAAGACUAAAGCUGGUUGUGAGCAUGAGUUGCUCAAGGAAAAAUGUCAAGCUACUUGCAAAUGUGAGGACAAAAUUUACUGA